AUGCACCUUACCAUGGUCCGACGUAUCUCAGGCGCUCGUGCCUUGGUAGGUUUUUUAGUGCUCUUAUCGUUGGUGCAGCUUUCUCGAGCCUUUGGAGGAAUCUCGGGCAGAACGACGGCAACGUCAACAGCAAGAACGAACGGUUGGAGGCAUCAUUAUGCACGCGGCGGUGGCGUUCGCCAUAGAUCACUUUCGCCUUUAGUUGGAAUGCCGCCGCGGGUACCACAUGGUCUUCGAUCGGAAGCUGGAGACGGUGGGCAGGGAGGAGGCGGUGACGGUGGUAUUUUUGGAGGGAUCCAAGAGUGGUGGGAACGAGACGGCAAGUCCGACCUCAAGAUCUACGGCACUUCGCUGGCGCUGGCGCUGGUGGUGAGAUCGGUGGCCCUGGAGCCGCGCUUCAUCCCGUCCCUGUCCAUGUUCCCGACCUUCGAGAUCGGCGACCAGCUGGCGGUGGACAAGCUGUCGAGCAAGCUGUCUCGCCCUUACCAGAGGAAGGACGUGGUGGUGUUUUACCCACCUCCCAAAUUCAGGGAGUUUUCCGACAGGGGGAAGAAAGACGCGCUCAUCAAGCGCGUCAUCGCCGUGGGCGGCGACGUGGUGCAGAUCAAGGAUGGGUCGCUGUUCGUUAACGGGCAGGAGCAGUUUGAGGACUACACUUUCGAGGAGCCAGAGUACUCGUGGGGUCCGCAGACGGUCCCGGAGGGUAUGGUGAUGGUCCUCGGAGACAACCGGAACCACAGCCUGGACUCGCACAUCUGGGGGUUCCUGCCUACGGAGAACGUGAUCGGGAGGGCCAUCUUCAAGUACUGGCCGCCGUGGAGAGCGGGGACGAUCGAGACGUAGUUAUUGUAUUGUACUAAAUAGAGCCGCCUUGAGUUGAGACAAAGGCCCUCGACCUCUUGUAUCGGAGCCUGUUGUGAGGUAAUAACUUAUGUUGGAGCCACGAAUGCUGUAGUAGGUCAGGUGUUGAUUCGGAACCGCCAAGACUUCUUUGUUUUGCCCCUGGGAAAUCGUGGCAGAACCUGCGUGCGUGGUGAGAAUAUGCAUUUUAUUCGUGUCGGAGGAUAAGUCUAGACUCGCGUCCACCACGGCUGCUCGAAUGCGAGCGAGGGAAAGGAUGGGUGCAUCUCGAGAAGAAGCAGCGUCCUAUCUAGCCUAGGUAGAUAGUUUAGAGUGAGUUUUUGAGGCUUUUGAUGUUGCCCCAGAGGGUGAACUAGCCUAUGUAUUCACAGCUGUGGCUUUCUUCAAGUUUGUGAAAUUUAGAGGCCACCGAUCUCAAAAGCACGAACUAAGGCCCAAACACAAGUGUCGGUUCGUGGGGGCUCUUGAGACCGGAAUAGGAGCUACCGGGGGGGGGGUUGUCGAUACCCACGAGCCCCCAGCGAGGAACGAUGAGGAGCUGUUUUCGCUGGACACUUCAACUUGUGACCGGGGAAUCAGGGAUCGACUUGUGUGAAAAGAGGGAAUCGUCCGCGGCAGGCGUUGGGAGAAAAAAUGUAGCCUUUUGACGGUGAUCACCACAGCAGUUGCUUGGAGCGCAUGAUUUCCUUGAGGGAAGAACACGGGCCGAAGUCCACACUUCCUAACUCCGAGCCGAGUAUAUGCUCCGCUACGC